AUGUCUCAAGUACAGACCGCCGCUGUGGUUGAGCAGUUCGGCAAGCCAUACACGUUCAAGCAGAUCCCACGCCCAACAGAACCCGAAGGCAAAGAUAUCCUUAUAAAGGUCCUCGCUGCUUCAUACUGCCACACAGACGCCAUUUUCGCCGCCGGUCUUCUGUCGCAGGACCUCCCUCGCAUUGGAUGCCAUGAGUUUGCUGGAGAGGUGAUUGCGCUCGGGCCAGAUGUCUCAAUUCACCGCGGGGUUGCUGUGGGCACUAGGGUAGGAGUCCCAGGCAGGGCAUACCAUCCCUGUGGGACUUGCUAUGAGUGUACACACCCCGGCCAGGAUAGCAUGGGAUACUCUCCUUACUGUCCUCGCUCUGGAAACUUGGGAUUGACCAGGGAUGGUGGCUUCCAAGAAUAUUGCCUUGUGGACAGUCGACAAGUUGCGGUCCUGCCCGAGAGUUUGUCACCAACACAAGCAGCACCGUUAAUGUGCGCUGGACUUACGAUUUGGAGUGCACUUCAACACGAAAAAGUGCAGAAAGCUCAACGAGUUGGAAUUAUAGGUGCUGGAGGUGGACUGGGUCAUAUCGGAGUGCAGUUUGCAGCUCAUCUCGGCAAGGAUGUUUUGGCCAUCGAUGCCACAGACCAGGCAAUUGACCUGAUAAACAAAGUCAAGAACAAUCUCGGUGAGGCUGGAAAAAGGGUUUACAUCGCUGACGCCCGCAAAGAGGACUCAGAUGUCUUGGAGGCAAUGAUUCAGCCAGCUAGCGACGCGCCACCUUCAGAAGUCGGUCUUGACGCAGUCAUCCUCCUUCCGGAGUCGCAAAAGGCAUUUGAUGCGGGAAUGAAGCUCCUUAGAAACCACGGGACAAUGGUUGUUGUGAGCUUUCCAAGUGGCAAGCUUCAAGUCAGCGCGCAUGAUCUUGUAUUUCGGGACAUUGCGGUAGUUGGCAGCCUAGUGGGAAGAAACCAUCAGCUGAGAGAGAUGCUGUACUUUGUUGUACAGAACAAGGUGGAAGUUCAGGUCAGGACGUUUGCAUUUGAUCAAUUGAAUGAACUAGGAGGGCCUGAGCACCAAGCAGAGGGUGGAAAGCUAGUUAUUGAUAUGAUUCUUGAGAGAGCUAGAUAG